AUGUGGAAGCUGCAGGUUAAUUUUAUCGCCUUGCAUUAUGCAUAUAUUAUUUUCCUGGGUCUCCUGGGAUUGGUCAUUCUUUAUCCCUAUAGCAAUCUCCGCGCAAUUGAUUCCUACUUCUUCGGGGUCAGCGCCUCGACCGAAUCAGGAUUGAACACUGUCGAUGUAAAGGACUUGAAGCUUUACCAGCAGCUUUUCAUCUACUUCGUUCCGAUAGCCUCGAACAUCGCAUUCAUAAACAUCUUAGUGGUCGUUGUACGUCUCUACUGGUUUGAGAAACGGCUGAAACAGAUCGCUCCCGGAGUCCUUGAUCGAAAGAAUGCUUCGCCCAACUGUAGGGACGAAUACCAUGACCAAGAGGCAAAUCCGAGGGUGUCAAGUGAACCUUUCACAUCGGGGAAUGAGCCAGCCAAAUCAACAGAGAUGAAAGAUGGUGACAACGAGCGCGCUGUUGGGUUCAAGAUUGGACACACAGUACCGGAUGGAUCCAGAAACGACGGCAACGAAUGCUCUGGAAACGACAGCUCGGAGUCCAACAAUGUCAAUAUAUCGCGGAGUAUCUCCUUUGCGGAUCAUACCAGGGCACUCUAUAUUCCUUCACCGUGGGAGCGUGACAGAGGGGUGCCCAUAGCAGAAGUCCCGACAGGCCCGAGCGGAGAUGACGCAGGAAUUGACGAGGAAGACAUCGAGACAAACCACGCGGGCUCUGGUGAUACCAAUCAGCUAUCCAGAAAUAUUUCAGGUACUACAGGUAGGCCAUUUGAAAGGGUAGCUUCAUCUUUGUUCGUGCUUGGAAGACAUCCUAGCAGAGCUCGAGAGCCAUCGCUCCGGCCGGCCAUAUCCCUCUCCAAGGAUGCAAACCUCCCUGAGCUCUCUGCACAAGCGACUCUUGGAAGGAACUCGCAAUUUUACAAUUUGACUGUCGCAGAUAGAGAGCGCCUGGGCGGCAUUGAGUAUCGGAGCCUGAAGCUGCUUUUGAAGAUUGUAAUCGGUUAUCUUGCUGGUCUUCAUCUCGUUGGCGUAGUGUGCCUUGUCGCUUGGAUUCUGCAUGCGGAUCCCAAGUAUCGGGACUAUCUCAAUGAAUGCGGACAGGACAAGGUCUGGUGGGCAAUUUACUCAGCACAAACGAUGGUCAGCAAUCUUGGAUAUACCCUCACUCCGGACUCCAUGGUGUCGUUCAACGAUGCCGUCUUCCCCAUGUUGCUCAUGAGCUUUCUCGCUUAUGCUGGUAACACCCUAUAUCCUUGCUGUCUGCGCCUUGUCAUCUGGAUUAUGUUCAAAUGUGCUCCCGAGAACUCUUCUCUUAAGGAAUCACUUGAUUUUCUACUGAAGUAUCCACGCCGGUGCUAUCUACUUCUUUUCCGCAGUAGGCCAACAUGGAUCCUUUUCGCCAUCAUCUUCGUGCUUAAUUUCGUCGAUGUCAUCUUGAUCUUGGUUCUCGAUCUCAGCAACCCUGCAGUGGAUGAGCUAUCUCCUGGUCCUCGAGUUGCGGCCGCCAUUUUUCAAUCCGCAUCUUCACGGCAUACGGGAACUGCAUCAUUCAAUCUCGCGGACGUGAAUCCAGCAGUUCAAUUCAGCUUACUUGUCAUGAUGUAUAUUUCGGUGUUCCCGAUCGCUAUCAGCGUGCGAGCCUCCAACAUAUACGAGGAGAAGGCAGUUGGGGUAUUCUCGCCAGACACCGAGAUGGACGAAGGCAACGGGAAGAGAUAUGUCUUGACGCAUAUGCGAAACCAACUCAGCUUUGAUUUGUGGUAUAUUUUCCUUGGGAUAAUGUGCAUCUGCAUUGCGGAAUCGCAGAAAAUCAUGGACCCAUCCAAGCCGGCAUUCUCCGUGUUCGCGAUAUUCUUCGAAGUGGUCUCUGCCUAUGGAAACGUCGGCCUAAGCCUAGGAUACCCGACCGUCUCCACCUCGUUCAGCGGACAGUUCGGUAUAUUCAGCAAAAUUGUCAUCUGCGCCAUGAUGAUUCGUGGAAGACACCGUGGGCUGCCAUAUCAGCUCGACCGAGCGAUUUUACUUCCCAGUGACCGACUUGUCGAGGAUGAUAAGGUCGAAACCAGGCCUGAUAUCCCACUGCCACGCAUCCGAAGCAUGGACCCCAUGGACAGCAGACAGCUGAAAUUGAAGAGAUAUCAUACGAGAUAA